ACUCUGACCCUUUUUUAUUUUAUUUUAUUUAUUUUUUAUUUAUAAUCCGAAUGCACCUCUCUCUCUCUCUCUAUGGUGAACACGCCGUCAAUCUUCAUUGUGGAUCUCAUCCUCUAGCAACUGCUACGUCGGGGAAUUCGUGCCCCUCGGUCCUGCAUCUUCCUCAUCGAAUUCGGUUCAUGCUUGCAGCCGUCGAUCUCAUCCUCGAGCCACAUCGUAUCAUGCAGCCGUCGAUCUACAUCAUGCUUGCAGCCGUCGAUCUCAUCCUCGAGCCACUUCGGCCCUUCUCUCUCGCUCUCUCUCACACACAAGUUCACUGCCUUUCCUAUCGGCGUCGGAACAAGCUUCACGGGUGGAUUUUGGUUCGGCCCUAUCAAUUAGGCCGACUGACACCAGAGGGAGUGUUUGGUUUGGUGACCAUGGGAAGCCGGAAAUUGAUAUCGAGACCCCUUUCACGCCAAAUUAAAACUAAACCGGUCAGUUUAUCUAAUUUUUUUAACGCUUUACCAAACACUAAUUUUUUUUUUCCCUCUCUCCCCCACUUCAAAAGACGAUCAAACGAAAAAAAAACAGACUUCACAUUUUAUAACAUUUCAAACAAUUUAGGGGGGAAAAACCAGACUAGAACGUUUCAAAGUCUUUUCUUUAGGGUUUUCAGAUCUUCCAGAAGGGGAAGAGACCAGUUCAAAGACUUACCAAGUCUUUUCUUGAGGGUUUUCCGAUCGCAAGAAGGGGAAGAGACUACUUCAAAGACUAAUUCAAAAUGGAUCCUGCCAUGCAGGAUAGAUGUUUUCAAAACACCCUUAUAAAUUGUAUAAUAGAAGAUGGAGACGCUGUACAGUUGUCUUCACUGUUGAGGAAUAAUGACAGUGAGUGGGCUUCCAGUCUCAGACUCGAUAAAAAAAUUUGGAAGAUUUGGAACAAGAAGCAUGGAAUAAGCAGCAGAUUUGUUAAGUUUGACCUAAAUUUGUUCCAAACUAUCGCCUUUCGCGGAUAUCGCCACAUUUCCAAAUUUCGAUUAUACAUUCCCCCCUUGUAUUUGAGAGAACAUAAGAUUUCCGUCAAUCUUAUCAUUGCCAGCAUUUUGAGAAGAGAAGUGAAGGAACUUAUCGUUGAGACCGACGGUGACGUCCUGUAUCGAAUGCCUUAUAGUUUUGCUGACAUCGGUUCAGGACUCAUUUAUCUGAGUCUUUCACGUUGUUCAUUCAUUACUGGAUGCAAUUUUCUGAGAUUGCUGAGUCUUCAGUUGGAAGACGUAUUUUUUAAUCCGAAACCAAAUAGAAGAUUUGGAUUUAGUGCCCCACUUUUGAAGAAUUUGGUUUUGAACAAUUGCGAUGGCAUUGCUGAUGUUGACUUCUAUCUGCCAGAAGUUGAGUCUCUAGAUAUUUUGGGGACUGCGCAUGACGUUAAGAAGAUAAUUGGGAAUAUACUAAAGUUAAAACAGGCUACUAUCGGACUGUCAUUGCAACUACCUGUGUGGCCGGCGCACCUCGGUCAUUUGGCCAAGGUUGAGGAAUUGACUCUGGAUGGGAAUUUUCUGAAGCAUUUGAUAGAUCCAAGCGAAUUUCAUAUUUCCAACCCGGUUCUAAAGACUCUAGAACUUAACCUCCUAAGGAGGUUCCAUCUGCAAGAACUGAGUUUGCAAGACAUGGAUCAAAAAAAAGCUGCGCUUGCCUUGCUCAGAGUUUCUCCAAAUUUGGAGAGUAUGAGCAUAUCAAUAAAACAGGAGGACGAUUCUAUCAGAAAGCUGUACUUUGUGAAGCCAUCUAUGAUGCAACAAGAGCUUCUGUCCCUAUAUAUACAAGGGAUGUACCCUGGCCUUAACAGAGGCAAUCAGCAGAUAGUGACCGAACAAAGUUCGAGUUUGACCCCCAGUCGUCACAAUAAAACUGGGCACAGUGGUCUGACAAACGUUGGGACACUAACGGUCCAUGCCGAGGAAACUGUCGGUUCAAAGAAUGCUGUUGAGAUGGCAUUCCAUUGUUCCAACUUGGAAAACAAGGACCUAAUUUCCAGAAGUAGUGAUCCUAUGGCAGUAGUAUAUGAAAAGAAAAGAGAUGGAACCUUAGAGGAAAUUGGCCGUACGGAAGUGAUAAUGGAUCCUGCUUGGAUAGGAAAAAUUAAUGUUUCGUAUCAGUUUGAGAUUGUUCAGCCUCUGAUCUUUCGUGUGUACGAUGUGGAUACGAAAUACCACAAUUUACCAGUGAAGAUGCUGAAGUUGGAAGAACAAGAAUUUCUUGGCGAAGCCAGUUGUGUAGUAUCUGAGAUAUUGACUAAACAAAGUCGGAGUUUGACCCUUCGCCUUCACAAUAAAAAUAGGCGCAGUAGUCUGAAAAACUUGGGGACACUAACUGUCCAUGCAGAGGAAACUGCCGGUUCAAGAAAUGCUGUAGAGAUGACAUUCCAUUGUUCCAACUUGGAUAACAAGGACCUAUUUUCGAAAUGCGAUCCUUUCUUGAGUGUAUCUAGGAUUGUUGAGACUGGUAUUACUGUUCCAAUUUACAAGACAGAAGUCGUGAAUAACAACUUGAAUCCAAUUAGGAAGCCUCUAUGUCUCACAAUCCAGCAAUUUGGGAGCAAGGAUAAUCCAUUAGUUAUUGAGUGCUUUGAUUUCAAUAGCAGUGGCAAUCAUGUACUGAUCGGUAAAAUGCAGAAAUCAGUGAAGGAUCUUGAAAAACUUCACAAAGAAAAGAUUGGUGCAAAUUUUAUCAUACCAUCUGCUCGCCAGGGUCAUGAAAAGGUUCUGAAGGGCCAACUGUUUGUUUAUGGCUUCCUUGAAAAGGAACUGCACAGUUUUAUCGAUUACAUUUCUAGUGGCUUUCAACUCAACUUUAUGGUUGCGGUUGAUUUUACCGCUUCAAAUGGAAAUCCUCGCAGUGUAAGUUCUUUGCACUACAUUGAUCCUUCAGGCCAGUUGAAUGAUUACCAGCAGGCUAUAACGGAGGUAGGGGAGGUCAUACAAUUCUAUGAUUCUAACAGGCGAUUUGCAGCUUGGGGCUUUGGAGGAAGGACGUUUGAUGGUUCAGUAUCUCACUGCUUUAACUUGAGCAGCACAGGUGGCUUUGAGGUUGAAGGAGUUGAAGGUAUAUUGUCUGCUUAUUUAAGUGCUCUACACAAUGUUGCUCUUGCUGGACCCACCUUAUUUGGUCCGGUUAUCAACAAGGCUGCAGAAAUUGCUGGGCAUUCCUUCUCAUACAACAAGAGCAAGUACUUUGUCUUGCUGAUUAUAACGGAUGGAGUCCUUACUGAUCUUCAGGAAACUAAAGAUGCUUUAGUGAGAGCAUCCAACCUACCACUUUCAAUUCUUAUUGUUGGAGUGGGUGGUGCAGAUUUCGAAAAAAUGGAGAUCCUAGAUGCUGAUGGUCGACAAAGAUUAGAGAGUUCCACAAGAAGGAUAGCUACACGAGACAUUGUACAAUUUGUUCCGAUGCGUGAUGUGCAUGGUGGAUUCAAAGGUGGUCUUGGUUAUUAAUACCAAAUAGUGCAGUUGUGAGGGGUUCAAGAUCAAAUUUUGAUGUUCAUUGGGUAUUUCUGUUACAAUCUCACUCUAAUGAAUACAUUUAUUAUGUUAGGAGCAGAUUACUGGUUCAGCUGAGCUUAGUUGCUUCAAGCUUGGCUUGUCCCAGCAAGCCGCCUUUGAUGCUUUGAGCCUUUUGGUUGUUUAACCUGGAAGAAGCUAAUGUGAAAAUGGAUUAGGAGACAUGAUUCAUGCAUGAUUCUAAUUGAUUGGAAUUGAGAAAUAAGUUUUCCCAACAGUUCAGAGAGUGAUUUUGAUGGAAACAUCAACGGUGAUGGUGGGCAGACUUCCAAGGCACUUACUGCUAAUUGCCGUGCGCAAUUUGUAGCUCUUAAGUUGGUGUUGAAAGAAAUAGCUAGGUUGGAGAACUAGACUACCAAUCAAUAGUGCAGUGCUGCCUUGUUAUGACAUGACUAGGAAAUCUAUAUUUUGCUUUUAGCAGUAACACUUAAUGUUGUCUUGAGCCUGAAUAGGGUUCUGCUAAUGCACACUCUUGAACCUGAUGUAAACCUAGCAAUUUUCAAAAGGCAGUUUGUGUACGAAUUAAUUAUAUGUGAAACUAUCCUCCUUCUGUUUUGUUAUAGUUUUCAUCUUUUGCUUUUCUAUUUCACUGUAAAUAAAAAA